AUGGCAAAUAAGAAUUUACAACCAUACAAGCCGGUCGACGUUUCGUUUCUUGGGGAACAGAAGCUCGAUGACGUUUCUUACUGGCGCAACAAUGUUGCAGCAUCCAAACGCCAUAACUAUCUUUUCAUAGCAGUGCGUUCCACAAUCCGUGUUUAUGCACCAAAAUAUCCAUAUCAGACCAUUCCGACGACAACACCCUACACAACCCUCACCUCCGCGGCCUCGCCGACUGCCGCGGGGUUCAUCGACCCCCAAGACCCACACGCCAUCAACUCUCUCACCGUUGGCGAGCUCGGUUUUGAAGAGGUUCUAGUCAGUGCUCAUGACGAUGGAGAUGUCUGUGCGUGGUAUACUCGCGACCUACGAAGGAUCGCGUUCCGGUUGAGUGUCGGCCAGAGUGCAUGGGGCGUUGCGUUGCACAAGGAGAGGCGACUCUUAGCAGUGAGCGCGAACACACAUCAAAUCUCAGUAUUUGAAUUGGCAAUUGGCCGGAAUCUCGAGGAAGGAGAAAGGGACGAUGAGGACGAAUAUAUGGAAGGAGAAGAGGAAUCAGUACUCGGGGAUGAAGACUGCGGAAGGUCGCACAAUGGAGAUCGGAAACGUCGCCGGAGGAGACGAGUAGAGUCUCGAUCCCCGGAUGAUAGUGAUGUAUCGGAGGAUGAUUCUAUAUGUGCAUGCUGUAAACGCAGGCGUAGGAAAAGGUCCCCAUUGAAGGAUAGAACUGUUAAGACACUCAUUGGUCACGGUCAUAACAUUCCAAACAUCUCAUUCUUGGGCGACCCAAGCGGGCGUUGGUUAGUGGGGACGUCUAUCGAUGGGACUGUUAUAUUGUGGGAUGUGACCACGGAGCGGGCUGUAGAGAAGUGUCAAAUGGGGUUUCAUUCUAUGGGCUGGUCCGUGCUGUUCCUAAAGCCUCAAACCUUUAAACCAGUCUCAAACAUCUACGAAGCCCUUGGAAAAUCUGUUCCCUCGCAGGUUGGUCGAGAACCCCAGAAGAAUACUAUCCAUGGUAUCCAGACACUCCCAACAGACUAUUAUGAUCCGCCGACGAACCCACGCUUCCAUGAAGCUCGUGCAUGGGACAUAUCACCACACACCGCCCAUCAGAGCACUUCUCGCAUGCUUAUGCCCGAUGAACGCUCUGAUGAUGAUGAUGACUAUUUGGAGGAGGAGGAGGAUGAAGGGUCACACCAAAGUAGCGAGGAUGUAGACAGCCAUGAAGUUCAGGUUUUCAUAGUUCCUGGAGGAGGACAGGUUGAACUUUUAACUGAGGAAGGGAGCGAGACCGAUACUAGUGCAUCUACGUCCGCAACUGACUCUCAGGAGGAAACCGCAGCGACUUACCAUUCUGUUCCUGCUUCCGUCGUUGGCACUACAGAUGUUGGGUCCGGUCUUGAAGGCGAUGGCGAACAGCGCGAUAAUAUUCUAGAUACAAUUGGGCCUGUGCGCGUUGUUGAGUUUGUCCAGGAUAGUGAAGGAGAAGGCGACAAAUCGUGUGAGACUGGCAGAGCUCAUGAUAAUGGAAAAAGACGAAAAGCACACGAUGGAGAUAGAGAUGAUGAGUAUGAUGACGCAGAUGAGGACGAAGGGGAGGAGAAGCCUGCGCAGCCUCCGGUCUCUUUCAUCUUCUCAACAACAGAACGGAAUUGCCAACUCCUUACACUUACCCCAUACCUCACACCAAAUGUAGUCUGCUUUUUUCCGCUUCAUCAGCAAAACCAACUCCCGGCUGUACAAUAUCUUGGUGAUAUAAUCGAUCGCCUCAAUAUGGUUCAUUGCAUUCCUGACCUUUCCCUUGUCAUCGCUGCCUCCCAGAAAGGACGUGCUGCAAUCUUCCGACUAACCCGUGUCGGGGACGUAUUCGGUAUGCGUCUAGAUACUAUUCUUCCCCGUGAAGAUGAAGUGAAUGAACGCGGAAGCGAAAGACGCCCACCAGUAGCGUUACUGGGAGUUGCAGUGAGCCCCGUACAAGAGAGACGAAGGGGAAGAGGUGGAGGUCUGGGUGUAUGGGGAAGAAAAAGAUGGAGGUUGAUGAUGGUUUAUGUUGACGGAAGUAUAAACAGUUACGAGCUUGGGCGGGAAGAGGGGAUUGUAGAGGUUGGAGGGAUAAGGGGGGGAUUGGACGGUUUGGGUGGGUUCGUCAUGGUUUAG